UUCAUGGGAGAUGAAUGCUAUUGAUUACGUGGAUUUCUUGCGCUCCAAGCAAACUUUAUGCCACGCGUUUUACUUAACCUAAAUAUCCUUAUCCUAUAUUCAAACCACUUGGAACGCUCACGCGGAGAAAAUCGGAUUGCAUUAUCCCAGAAGAUAAUCUCGGUGAAAAUAAACAGGUUUAAUUUUGCGAUGGCGCGAUGCUUUGUAGGACACGUGAUCAUUGCCAGCCAAUCCUGGAGCGGCAACGUUAGUGAUCUAUUCUUUGUUCUGGAUUUAUCAACAUUAUCGACUACAUUACUCGUUUACAGCUUAUGGAUUUAUAUACACCAUGUCUUUAUUAACGGUAGACCGUUAAAUGUGCUUAAUCCUUCAAAGGGAAGACGUAUUGUCUGGGAUUCCUGUUUAAAACCGGUUUUAAGACAUACUAGUGUGUCACGUGUUUCGCCCUGCCCCCCACUUCGCGCCAAUGAAUGGUGAAGAAGUCGGACAUGUUUGAGGGAAAUGUGUUGAAUAAAGAAACGUGGCCGAAGACAAGAAGAAAAUACGGAUUUUUUUCCAACAAUGAGGAAUUCGACAUCUUUUGAUUUUACCUUUUAUUUUCAAUUCACUUAAUCUGGAUAGAGGUAUAUGUUAACACAUUUAGAUUUUGUUUGUUUGUCAGAAAACAAAAUGUUUUUAUUCUUAAACAUUAUUACAUUGAUGUAGUUAGGCGGUCGUAUGUAAUUAAUUUAUAGAUAACAUGGAAUUCGGUCGAUUUUUUUGUCUCCCACAAUCUAUGACAUUGUUUCAGAUUUGUAACCUUGGCAGUGGGGGAUGGGUGGCUUACCCUCCAAAAAUAUAUUGUCCUGUGCAACUAUUAAUUUGAGAACUCAAAAAUACAGUUUUUUGUGUCAGGUUAUUUAAAUCCAGGCGACCAUAAUUAAUCAAUUCUCGAUUAUUAAUAUUUUAUGUAAAGAAAGGCUGUUCAUCUAUGUAGUAUUCUCUACAAAAGUUACACGUAUUAUUUGAAAACGUUUAGUCUUUUGUUAUAGAUCCAAGGGCGUUUUGGAGAAAAAAAAACAUCGUUUGGUUUAUGUGGAUUAUUUUGACUGAAGUAGGUCUCGGCUGCGGCCUAAACGGUAAUAGUCUUUUUGAACUUUUGUGUCAAUACUGAGUGUAAUUGAGAUUAUUCAAAUAAUUGAUUCCGUCCUUUUGUCUGUUUUGGCACAUAUUUCAGCGCUAAAUUAUGUUUUUAAACCACUGCUGAUCGUCGCUUUAAGGGCCAAAAUUGCUGCGUCAUUUCAUGGAGGACACUCCUUGUAGGCCAUGUUGAAUCGACAAAGGGAAUGGCGUCGAGUACAAGGUUUUAUCUGCUUUAAUAUCGGGUAUGAGUUGGCAUAAUUUCAUCUUCAACACUGCUGUUUUAAGAAUACUACAUUUUAAAAAUGCGCAACAUUUAUUCUGUUUCUGUUAGACAAGGGAUUGUUUUAUGUAUUUUUUUAAAUAGUUUUUAUUGUUGGGUCUUCGCAUUAUUAGAAGGUACUAGAAGUUGUAAAGUUUAAAUGAUAGUUUGUGCAGUUCCAUGUGAUUUUCAGGCAGUCUAAAAGGAACAGAGAGCGAAGCGAGUCGAUAUCUGCCUGUGUGAGCUGCAUUUGUCUGAUAUUCAUGACUAACCGGGUGGACCAAUGGCGUGCUUCCAACUUGCCCUGGAUGAACGCGCCUGAGUUUUGUUGGACCAAUCAGUGAAGUCGGUUGGACUUGCAUUGACGUAACAGAAACCCUGAUGAACGCAGUUUUCUGGAAACGUUGCCAUAUUCUCGUUAAUAUUUUAAACACUUGAGAAUGUUUUGUUAAAUGUUGGUCUCGUAACUUUUGUGGCGGUAAUCAGUGUUCAAGUGUUGUUGUUUUUUGGCGAAAUAAACUGUUGUGAAUCGUCAAAUUGUUCUCAGAAGGGAUGUGAAGGCGUGGCUUAUGUGAGUGGCAGGUAGGGUGGCCUAUAUAAUACGCGUAGGCGUGUAAGUGUAGCGUUACAUUAGCCAAUGGAAUCCUCGUUGGGUUUAUAAAAAUUCGGGCGGAGCCUUAACGUCGCCAUUUCAGUGUAGCGCUGAGCUGGAGGAUAAAGGAAGUAAAAAAAACAAGGCCGCGAAACUCUUUGAGAUUCGAACGAAACCGGUUUAUAAACUGAAUCCGGAUCCAUCCCGAUGGAGACGGCCCUUUACCCGCCCUUUGACAGCUCUUUGGGCGGGGGCGACGGCAUGCUUGGGGUCACAAUGAUGGAGCACACCAUCUCCGGCCCUGGCAAGCGCAUCCGCAAGCCGUCGCUGCUGUACGAAGGUUUUGAAGGGCCUGCUCUGCCCCAAGCACCUCAGUGUGGACCCUCCCAACCCCCUGUGCAGGACCCCAAUCGUCAGGGCCGCAUGACCAACCAGUUGCAGUUCCUCCAGAAGGCUUUACAGAAGACAUUAUGGAGGCAUCACUUUGCAUGGCCCUUCCAUGAGCCGGUGGAUGCUGCCAAGCUUAACCUUCCAGACUACUAUAAAAUCAUUAAGCAGCCAAUGGACAUGGGCACCAUCAAGAGAAGACUGGAGAACAAUUAUUACAGUAGUGCAAGCGAGUGCAUGCAGGAUUUCAACACCAUGUUCACCAACUGCUACAUCUACAACAAGCCAACAGAUGACAUUGUCCUGAUGGCUCAGUCUCUGGAGAAGGCUUUCCUACAGAAGGUGGCACAGAUGCCCCAAGAGGAAGAAGAAAUCCCCACAGCUGCUCCAAGGGGCAAACCAGGCAAACCCAAAAUAGGCCGCAAAUUAGUCCCAGGUGGAAUCACAACAGCUCAUCAGGUCCCCGCUAUAUCUUCUGUAUCCCAGUCAAUCUACUCCCCUCCCACUCCAGACACCCCAGACUCUCUUCUCUCUACCCCACCCCAGACAAUUCUAGCCAAGACUUUGCCUACCACUCCACACAGCACCCCCACGCUGCUGGGCCUGCCUCCUACCCAACCUACUGCUAAGAAAAAAGGUGUCAAGCGCAAGGCAGACACCACCACCCCCACCGCCACUGGUCUGCCCCUCACCUUGGGCAUGGGUGGCAUUAAUCUUGGUAUUGGCAGUAGUGACUGCCCGCUCACUCUUUCUGCUUUGGGGGUGGACCCCAAUCAGAGCUUGUCGCUUGGCCUGGGCCAUGUUGGAGGCCUGGUUGGAGACAAAGUUCCGGCAAGACGUGGAGGCAGUGGCAGGCCCAUCAAGCCACCUCGGAAAGACUUGCCUGACUCUCAGCAUCAACAUCAACCGGUGCGACGUGGGAAACUUAGUCAGCAGCUGAAAUACUGCAGUGGGAUUCUGAAGGAGCUGCUGUCAAAGAAGCAUGCAGCCUAUGCCUGGCCCUUCUACAAGCCAGUGGACGCUUCGACACUGGGACUGCACGACUAUCACGAUAUUAUCAAGUAUCCCAUGGAUCUUAGUACAAUAAAGAGGAAAGUGGAGCAUCGGGAAUACAGAGAUGCACUACAGUUUGCUGCGGACAUCAGGCUAAUGUUCUCAAACUGUUACAAGUACAAUCCCCCAGAUCAUGAUGUGGUGGCCAUGGCCCGAAAAUUACAGGAUGUCUUUGAGUUCAGCUUCGCCAAGAUGCCCGAUGAGCCUCUGGACUCCCUCCCACCUGCGUCCCUGGGCGGUGGCCUAGGCGGUCACUCCUCCUCUUCCUCCUCCUCUUCCUCCUCGUCAUCAGAGAAUGAUGUGAGCAGCGAGAGUGAGAGCGAGAGCAGCCCAAGCUCCGACAGUGAGGAGGAGAGAGCGCAUCGCCUGGCCCAGCUUCAGGAACAGGUGUGUACUCAGUUGAGGGCGGUGCACGAGCAGCUGGCUGUGCUGUCCUCCACACCCAUUGUCAAGCCCAAGAAGAAGAAAGAUAAAAAGAAAAAGAAGAAGCCAGAGAAACAUAAGCGAGGGAGGAGUAUGAUGGAGGAUGAGGUGGUCAUUCGACCACCAAAAACGCCAAAACUCACCAAGACACCAAAGAAGCGGAGCAACAGCAAAUCAGCAAGCUCCACUCAGGGCAAAAAGGGCUCCAAUAAGAAGAGCAACAAGAGCAAAUCUUCAAAGAAAGCUCAAACUGCCUCCAUCAAUUCUUAUCCCAUGAGCUACGGUGGCCUUACUCCCCACUAUGACUCUGAGGAAGAGGAGGAGACCAGCCCCAUGAGCUACGAUGAAAAACGGCAGCUCAGUCUGGACAUUAACAAGCUGCCAGGCGAGAAACUGGGCCGUGUGGUCCACAUCAUCCAAGCACGAGAGCCCUCGCUACGUGACACCAACCCGGAGGAGAUUGAGAUCGACUUUGAGACUCUUAAACCAUCCACACUGCGGGAACUGGAGCGCUACGUUAUGAUGUGUUUACGGAAGAAACCACGGAAACCAUUUGUGGCAACCAAAGCUGUGGCAGGUAAAUCUCGUGAGGAGUUGGCUUUGGAGAAAAAGAGAGAACUUGAGAGAAGAUUACAGGAUGUCAGCGGUCAACUCAACUCUGCCAAGAAACCCCAGAAAAACAAAGUGGAGAAGCCCACCACGGUGGAAGCCCACCAUGCCAUGGCCUCUCGCCUCAGCGCCAGCAGCUCCAGCUCAGACUCCUCUUCAUCAUCUUCCUCAUCCUCUGAUACCAGUGAUUCAGACUCGGGCUGAGCAAUUUAAAGAACGGACAUGGAGAUAUCACAUUAAAACACUCCAUCCCAGACCAGAAUGGAAACCCUGCUCUAAAAUAACAGAAAUGAAUGAAAAGCAAGAGUAGGCUUUUUCUUUUAGAUGUAUGGGAGCAGUUGGAGAGUUAGAGAGAAAAUGCAAGAAUGUCUGGGAAAUAUUGUACAGAGACAUGUAGGAAGGAGCUGAUGGUAAAGCAGUCCAGGGCGUCAUUGUCUAAUUUAGGACUCAUUUCUUUUAGGCCAUUCUUUGUGUAUAUACAUGUACAAAGCUAUAUAAAUAUCUAUUUUUUCUUUUAUAAAGAAGAAUUUUAAGGAAUUCCCUGGUAGGGAAGUAACAUUUGUGAAUUUUUUUGUUCUCCCUAUUUUUGUUUGACCUAUUAGUUGUUUGUCCUCAAGAAAACAACAGGCUUGGAUAAACUACUGUCACUUUUGUUUGCAUGAGCGAGUGUAUGAUCUGUGUGACAUUGAAUCCAGCAGUUGGAAAACCACUUUGGGUGCAUUUUACACACAUGUAUGUUUUGCAGCUUGGUUCUGCAAAUUGAAUGAACCUUCCAAGCUUUAGUGAAAACAGAGCUCCACUUAUUCAAAUGGCAUCUGUUGACCCAGCAGAUAAGAGAACUCCCAGCACCCAUCUCUGUUCAAUGGGCAACCCAUUGUCUUUAGUGGCGUCUUAACUUGAAUCCUAUCACUUCUCCAUCCAGCCUGCUUUAUUUCAAAAAGAAACAAUGUGGUCAAAUUAAUAGGUUUUGAAAAUUCCAAUAGUUUUAAUACAAGAAUACUGAUGAAUGCUCUUUAAAAUAAUCUGGGCAAUAUGAGCCUUAAUUUCUCUGGACACAUAAAUUAAAUUUUACACUUACCAUGUGGUUUCAGUCACAAGCUUUUUUUGGAUGCACUACCAGAGGUACAGAGCUGCGUUAAUUAGGUGUGAAUAUGAAUACUGUUUUGUAAAUCUUGGUUUUUGAGUUUUAGUCUGGUUAUUUUAUUUGUUAUGUGUGUAUAUUAAUGAUUAUUUGCCCAGAAAAUUAAUGCAAAAUCUAUGGGGUUAACUAAAUGACCCAACACCUCUCAUAUUCAGUACAUCGAAGAUUAUAAAUAUUGAAUAUAUAUUUUCUAUAAUAUACAGAAACAUCAUAGAACAUGCCGUUACACAACAUAAAGAUCACCUGAAUUUUUUUUCUUCCAUAAUUUGUACAUAUGUAACAUUUUCACAGCCUUGCAGCUUGCAUCUAUCAAUUUCUGUAUCCUGCUGUGUUUAGAUCUUCUCUUUAGUGUCGUGGCUGGUUGUUUCCACAGCUCAUUAUAGUUUUGUUUUUUAAAGAUAACAGCAACAGGAGAAAAGUAUAUACACACCUCUUAACAGACGAGUCAUGCGCCCAUGAUUCUCAUUUGAGAAGGUCCACGCUAAUAAACCAGGUGAGAUGUCCUUAAUCAGCCUUGUGUUUGAUUUUCUUCUUGGCAUAUUUCUAUACAGUAAAAUGCUGUAUGUAUGUAUGCAUCGUCAUAUCAACUGGUAUGAAAGGUAUUUAAAUAGUGAAUGUUUAGUAGUCUAAAUACAACAAAAGUAUUAAAACUAAGGAUAUCUUUUAUAUUCAACUGUAAAAAUGCUUAUAAACUGUCCUUGAACACAAUUUGUUUCAAAUGUGUCUUACACAGUAAAGGCUACUAGGUGGCAGUAUUUAUUUUUUCUGCCCAGAUAAAAGCUUGAGUUUGAAAUGGCAUACUACCCAUACUAUUGUUAUUUUGCCAUAGAUAGAUGUUGCAGAAGUAAAAGUAGUAUUGGUAGUAUGCCAUUCUGAAAUCGGCCAUACUCUGGGUAACAAUGGCAUUGUCAUGCCAGGUUGUCAACAUUAUAUGCCAUAGUGCUAUAUGUCACAAUGCAAAUUAAAGGGAAAGUUCAACCAAAAAAUAAGAAAUUCUCUCAUUUACUCACCCUCGUGCCAUCCCAGAUGUAUAUGACUUUCUUCUGCAGAAAACAAAGAUUUUUAGGAGAAUAUCUCCACUUUGUUGGUCAAUGCAAGUGAAUGGUGACCAGACCUUUGACGCUCCAAAAAUCCCAUUGUUUUUGGUAGUUUACACAACAAUGAUUGUGUUUCAAACAAUUGGGUUGUUAAACUAUUCUGUAUUUUAGUUGUUUCGAUGUAAAUGCUCCAUUAUUUUUGUGAUUGGUUCAAGACUAAAUGUUUUUUCCUCCAAGUCAUAUAGAAAACUGAAAGUGUUCAGUGUUCACGGGCAUGUUGUGCAAUGUUUGUUCCUUGUACCAUGUCUGGUUUUGGUUUGAUUUAGGUAAAAUUAUGAGGAAGUAACCACAAUGCAAACUAGAUCUGCCAUUUUUCCUUUGUAAAUCAGACACACAUUUUUAAACUCGGUCCUCAAAUCACACUACUCUUGCACUGGAAGAGGACCUGUGAGAUAUGGCCACCAGUGACCAACAGGACAAGCCCAUAUACAAAUCUGAGACUCACUGGUGUCCAUAUCUCACAGGUAAAGCAGGCCUGACUUGAAGGGCCAGUCCGACAUGACAAAACCAUUUAAGUUUCCUCAACUCUGGUUGAAUACUAUCAUUUCAUUUUAAGCUUGGAAUUCUGUAUUGUGGCACUAUUAUUGGCUCCUGUAUGUUAAAGUGCCUGUUUUUUACUCAUUUGUGAGUCACUUUGGAUUAAAGUGUCUGCUAACUGAAAUAUAUGUAAAAAAAAAAAUAAAUUACAUUAUUGAGAAGUGAUUGUUUUUUUACCAAAAAUGUCUUGGAAGUGAUCAAUUC